AUGGGAUGCUACUCAAGUCUUCUUUCAUCCUUGGCUCUGGCUGCUUUACUUUUGGGAUUCAUUCUUAUGGGAAGAAUGACAAAAUUCGUACUGUAUAUACCUCUCAAUACCAUCUCCUUUGUGAUCUACUUUAGAACCAGAAACUUCAUUAGGAGCAGGCAUCUUAGUGUAGUUACAAAUGUUCUCUCCAGACUUGUAAAAUUUGCAGUUGGAGGGCUUCUAAUAUACACGACAUCGUCUUUGACUACGACUAGAUGCACUCACGGGCCCUUUGUUUUGGGAGGCUUUCUCCUUUCCAUAGAUCUUAUAAGAGCAUAUCUCUACGAAUCAUCGAAGAAGAGCUUUGAAAACAAAAUACUUACGGGGAACUUCAUGGAUAUUCUCAGGCUAGAGAAGUACAUUAUAUACUCUGGAGAGGGCCCACAAGCCGUGGAUCUGGAGAGAAAUCUAUCUGUUGACGAGUAUUUUAGUAGAGGCCGUCCAAAGCCUAUAGAGUUUAAUGAACUCUUUGAUCUGUGGAAUGACCAAAAUCCCUAUGAGGAGCAUGUCUCUGAUAGUGAUGCCCUUGAAGGCAAUACAGGGUCAAAAAGGAAAAUAAGAAGGCAAAGAACCUCGAUCAAACCUGAGACAUACGAGUUUACUAGUGAAAAAGGGAGGCCGGCCAGGGAUCUUCUAAAAAUACAAAAGGUGGUACUUACUCCAGAGGAAAAGAGAAAAGAAAGAACAUAUGCAAUGAAUCCAUCCGAGAUAAUGCCUGGAACGGAUUGUAAGCCUGGGAUUGAUUGGAAGGAUAUUAAUGGCGAGGAGUGGGCCUUUCUGGAAACGGACAAGAAAAGAGCCAAGAAGAUGCCGGCAAGACCUGGGUUAAUAACAGUGGAAUCUCUUCGGACACAAUUUGGAGAGAAAAAUGCAAAGGAGGCAUAUUCACUGAUUGCAUUCAAAAGAGGAGAGGGGAUAAACUAUGACAUUUUCAAAGAGAAUGGGAGGCAAAUUAACGGAGAAAGGGACAAUCUGUACAAAACAAUUAUGGAUAACAGAAGGCUCUUGAAUGUCAUAUGGUUUAUUCUUGUUCUUCUUGAAAGCGUUAUUGGGUACCUGGUGAUUGCCAUAUAUUUCAAAACCCAUCCGCUACUACUGGAGCUAAUAUUUCCAAUGGUGAUACUUCCUGCACUUCCAAUGGUUAAGAUGACGGUAGAGUCGUUUCUGUUUAUCAUAUACACCCAUCCAUAUGACCCAGGAGACAGAGUACAUAUAGAUGGAGAGAACAUGGUAGUUCGAAGAAUCUCGUUGUUUAGCACUGUCCUUGAGACCUGGGACGGGAUGGAGACAAUAAUCCCAAACCUUGUCAUAAGAGAAAAGGCCAUUUUGAACAUAAGAAGAUCGAGACAACAGCAAUGGAAACUCUCACUACUGAUAUCAUCAAAUACACCUGCAAGGAAGAUAGAGCUGCUAAGAGAAGCAAUCAAGAGGUUUGUGAAGCAUGACAAAUCCUAUAUCACUGCAAGUGUGAGUCUUUCGGAAAUAAUCAACUGUAGCCACCUGAAGCUGACAUUAAUUGUAAAGCAUUCCAUAAACUUCCAGAGCGGGUUCUUUAUGUGGACAGGGCAUACUAAGUUUGUCAACAUGGUUCUAACUAUCAUGUGUAAGCUCGAUAUCAGAUUUGCUCCCCUCUGCAAGGAGAUUGUGAACUUAGGGCCCAUCUACGACCAUUCUAAUUAUGAAAAAUGA